AUUGUAUUUGUAAAUCGAUGGUGAGUGCUUUGUGAGUUUUGUUUUGCAAUUUUUUACAUCGCGAAAAAUUGGUACAUGUUUUAAUAGGUAUCGUAAUUUAGAUGAUGAUAAUAAGAAUAUUACAAAGUCGCAGCUCACUGAAAUACAAAUUGAAGAAGCACCAAACUCUUUAAAUAAUUUGAGAUGACUUCUUCGGAACUCGAGAGCCGAAACGUAGCUUUAUCCGUGAGAAAAUCAGCAGAAAACUUGGUAGUUUCAUCUCAAGAUGCAAUAGGACAGAGUAUUAGCCAAGCACUUAGUUUUUCUGGCAUAAGCAACAAUCAACAACAAGAAAACAGGAAUUUAUCCAGGUCACCUUCUCCGUCCCUUCGUAUCACUGAGUGCAAGGAAAACCAUUUAGACUACGAUAAUGAUGGAAAGAGUGAUAUUUCAAUCAACGUAUCAAACAGCGCCGCUGGCGAUGGUACACUAUCUGUGGAUUUGGGAUUGCCCGCCUCUCUUAAACCCGAAUAUAACAAGCAGUUAUCCAACCCGGGGUCCCGUAGUUCGGACGGCAGCGGGCGUGCCAAGAAGAAGAGCUGGUACAAUUCCCUUUACCCCACCUACAAGACUAAGUCGGAGGACUUCAAACGACUCUUCAAGGAUCUUCCAGACGAUGAGAGGCUCAUAGUAGACUACUCGUGUGCAAUGCAGCGCGAUAUUCUUGCUCACGGGAGGUUAUAUGCGUCCCAGAGUUACCUUUGCUUCUAUGCUAACAUCUUUGGGUGGGAAACCUCUCUGACGUUGAGGUGGAAAGAUGUCACUGCUAUCACUAAGGAGAAGACCGCGCUGGUGAUUCCAAAUGCAAUCCUAGUAUGUACGGACUCGGAAAAGAAUUUCCUAACAUCAUUCUCUGGUCGGGACAAGGCUUAUCUCAUGCUGUUUAGGAUCUGGCAGAACGCCCUCAUGGAUCAGCCCCUUACCACAAACGAAAUAUGGCAGUGGGUGCACACGUGCUACGGUGAAGAGCUUGGGUUCGAUUCUGACGACGAGGGUUACACGCGCGAUACUGACGACCCACAGCCCCAACCUGACACCUCAGAGGAGGCAGUGGAUGCGUCGUCUAUGGAGCACGAUGCACAGUACGGGAGAGAUUUACGAGGAUUUACGCCGCCACUUUUAAAUGGUUCUGGUGAAAGGUUAGCGGGCGAAGAGCGGGAGGUAGACAUGCUUCCAACAGACAUGUCCGACACAAGUGAAAGCGAGCCUGAUAGACACCAAAAUAGUAACGAAGACGUUGUCUGCACGUCGGCUCACACAGGCAAAGUAUUGCUGGAGGGCGUGUUUCCAUUUCACAUUGACCAGCUCUUCACGAUGAUUUUCACCAACUCGAGGUUCCACUUGGAACUGCUGGCUUUACGAGGCGCCUCUGACUAUGUGCAGGCUCCAUGGCGGCCGCAGAACAGCGUCAAGUGUCGACAAGUGAGCUAUCGGCUUAGUCUCACCUCAGGACCCAUCGGGCCUAAAGAAGUUCACGUCACUGAAACACAGACCAUGAACAAAUGCUCAAAACCCGGAUGUCUAUACUCAAUAGACUGUUCAAGCGAGAACACGGGUAUACCUUACGCGGAUUACUUCAGCGUGGAAGCCCAUUAUUGCUUGAGACGGGAAGGGGAUGGCACACGACUCACAAUACAUGGAUGGGUUGAUUAUAAGAAGACCAUGUGGCCUAUGGUGAAAGCAUUCCUAGAAAAGAACACAAUGAACGGCAUGGAAGAGUUCUCUCGUAAGUUGGAGACGCAGCUGCGAGCACAACUUGCGCCUGCGCCGCCUGCCGCACGCGCGCGCAGACGGAGGCGGCAUGACGUGUCAUCCUCCCCCCUUCCGGUGGUGUCGAGUUCAGUCCCCUUGGGGACGGCUCUUCCGGUUCGGCCAGAUGCUGGCUCACGUACCGCGCCCUGGCUGCUCAUGUCGCUCGUACUGCUGCUCGCUAUCAACGCACUCCUCUACUGGAACCUCUACUACGCCGAUAGGACCAUCGACUUUGACGAUUUACAGACUAGGCUAAGCUCUGCACGUACAUCUGAAACGGCAGAAUGGUCGGCGCAAUUAGCGCGACAUACGCUCCGGCAAAGACACCAACUACUAGCUUGGCGAGACGCACUCGCGAGGACUGUCGCACAUCUCACACAGACGGAACAAGCUCUAUCGAAACUUUUAGAAACAAUCAAGCCGGUGUUAGAAAAAGCAGAUGCCGACGACCAAGGACAUAAAGAACUGUGAAGGGAAUUUAGGAAUAGAUUAGAGAAAUUGAAUUGACAGCUGGACUGCUUGUGAAUAGUUUAACGAACUUAUUUGUUCGAAAUUCCUUAUAUUUUUAGCGCACACCUAAAUGAUCCGUAUCUGAUUAUAUUUAUCAUAGAUAAAUUAAUUACGUUCUCAAUUAAUAUGAAUGGCCCAUGUAGUUUUUAAAUGUAGGAACGGAUCGAUGGACUCCGCCGCAUAGAUUCAAAGAUAAUCAAAUUAUAUUGUGGUAGGCCGUUACUUAAAUUGUUCAAGGAUUAUUUAAUAAAAAUAUUCAUAUUGAUGUUGACUGUUAAAAUUUAAAUAAUGUUAAUUAAAUCUUUGAACUCUGACUGCAUGUGUACGUUGCAUAUUUAAGUACAUAUAUUCCGCAAAAUUUAUUUUUAAACUCACUAAUAUAAUCUAAUUACGAAUAUUUAGGUUCUUUAUCAAGCCAAAAUAAUAAUUCCUUACAUCACACAAUUCAUUUAACAAGUAUUUCCUUAUAUUACGUCAAUAACACAAUAUUUUGAUAAAUAAAAAAUAUUUUAAUAAGGUGUUAUACGUAAAAUGUGAUUUGUAUGAUAUAAUGUUGGAAAUGUUACCGUUUUGUAUUAUGUUCAUAUGUAUUAGAAUCUUAAUAAGGAAAUUGUAUAAAACACCACGAGCUCUGUGAAAACUUUAAAUUUAGAGAGAUGACUUUGGCUCAGUUGUAACCUGUUUAAAACCAGUUUACUACCUUAUUGUCUUUCAGGACAUUUAUAUAAUAGAAGUAUGAUUUUGUUCGUAUUACUGUUGUAUCACCACUUGACGAUGUCAAUUUAAAGUUGGAUCUUUAGCUUUAUUUAUUGUAAAAUUAGAAAUAAGUUAUUUUACCUUUAUUGAUACUUACAUUUAAAUAACCGUUGCCCUCAAUUAAUUACCAGAUAUCUUAAAAAUAACACUUUAUUUUUAAUUGAUUUGUUGGUUUAGUUGACUGGCUUUGCAUCUACCAAAAACUACAUCACAUAUUGAAUAGCAUUUUAUUUGACUAUCACAAAUGUUAAUGUAUAAAAGAUUUAUUAAAAUAAUGAUAACGUCAUUACCCUUACAUGUUUUCCCUUAAAUGAUAAUUUACUAUAAUUGUACAUAAAAUCUUAAUUUAGUUAGUGAAAAUGUUCAAUGUUGAUAUUUGAGAUAAAAAUUACAAUAUUUUGUUGUACUAGAUCUCCUCGGAAAAUGUAUAUUGGUGCUGUUUUUUUACUUAUGUUUAUCUUCAAUUUUCGGGCAAUUCUCAUACGAAACUCAUUAAAUUUACCUUUAAACCUUUUCGGUAUGAGAAAUUUUAAGUAAAUUGGAGAUGUCGAAACAU